AUGACCACAUUCGCUCUCCGCGGUCUACUCCCAACUCCUCCCCCACCUCUCUUCUCCAUCAAAACACCCCUCCCAGCGCUGGCCUCCUCAACCUCCAGCUCCGUAACCAAAGAUGCGGCGCCCCUAACAAGUCCCCUCAACGGCCCCCUCUCAACCCGCCCACCACCCCUCGAACUACCCAAGCGCAACGACCCUCCAACCUCCACCAUAAAAUACUACAUCGCCCUCGGCAAAGCCUACGCAACCUUCUACAAGACCGGCGCCAAAGCAAUCUACGCCAACUUCCGCGCCUCACAACCCAUCCAAGACCUCGUUGACACCAAACACGCCUCCUCGCUCCCCACCGCCGUCUCAGCCAACGCGCUCACGCGUUCCGAAUUCCAACUCCUGUGCCGCAACUGGCAUGAUAUCAAGCGUGUCCCCAUUUUCGGUCUGGUGUUUAUACUGUGCGGGGAGUUUACGCCGUUGGUGGUCAUUGCGCUGAGUAGUGUUGUGCCGUGGACAUGUCGGAUUCCGAAGCAGAUCGAUGCUGAUAGGAAGAAGUUGGAAAAGAGGCGCGGGAUUAGCUUUCGGAACCUGACUGUGGAACCGCCGACUGAGAAGGGGGUAGAUGCGUUGGAAAGGAUGCAGGUGCUGCAUGUUAGUUGGAGUUUGGGACUUAGUAGUAGUGCGUGGGAUUGGCUAGGGGGACAAUAUCCAGGGCUGCCGACGUGGGUUUUGAGGAGGAAGGUCGCGAGUAGCGUGGAGUAUCUGGAGAUGGAUGAUAAGCUGUUGGGAGACCCGAAGAGGGUGGAUGAAUUGGAGCCGGAGGAAGUGAGAAUGGCGCUUGUGGAGAGGGGGGGUGGAUGUUCUGGGAAAGCCCUCGAACAGUUUGAGAGCUGA